CACUUCUUGUUUCUGCUCCCCAUGGCCUUUCUCCUGCCCCCUGGGACUUGGACUGGUGAGAUCAUCGGGGGGCAUGAAGCCGAGCCCCACUCCAGGCCCUACAUGGCCUACUUGCGUGUACGACGUACAAAGAAAUUGUCUAAGUGUGCUGGGUUCCUGGUGAAGCCAAACAUCGUGCUGACGGCAGCUCACUGCCAGGGAGAAAUCAUCACUGUGGUCCUGGGAGCCCAUAACGUCAGCCAAUGGGAACCGAGCCAGCAAGUGAUCCCCGUGCAACGGCAGAUCCCCCACCCGCAGUACAACGAUACACCGAAAAAUAACGACAUCAUGAUACUGCAGCUGCAGGGCAAAGCUCAGCGCAAUAGAUAUGUGGACUUCAUCAAGCUGCCCUCGGCCAAGCAGCGAGUCCGUCCGAAGACCAAGUGCAGCGUCGCUGGCUGGGGCAGGACUAGUCUAGAGAAGAAGCAGAUGUCAGACACGCUGUGGGAGGCCGACGUGGCGGUGAUGGAGGAUGCCGGUUGUCCAAGGAACCAGGAUGAGCCCUACCCCUACUACGACGCCACCACCAUGAUGUGUGUGGGGGACCCAGACGAAGGCAGCAGUUCUUUCAAAGGAGACUCUGGGGGCCCCCUGGUGUGUGGGAAAAAAGCCCAGGGCAUCGUCUCUUGGGGACCCGAGGAUGGAACCCCCCCUGCCGUGUACACGAGAGUCACAGCCUUCAUCCCCUGGAUCCAGAAGACGAUGAAGGACCUGCAACCCUGA